AUGCUCUAUUUAAAUGAUCCUAAAACAGCAAAUUUACAAAAUUAGUAUUCGUCAAAUAAGUAACUUCCAUUGUUAGUUGGAUUUUUGAAGAAGGGAUGCAUUUUGAAAUUUGGAAUAAAUUAACAAAGAAUAUACAAAAUAAUUCAAAAAGUAAGAAAAAGUAUUAGAAAAUUAAAGAUUGAAGAAUAUGGAACGAAAAUUUAAUUUGUUCCUUAAGAAUCAAUAUCCAAAAAUAAUGUUCAAUUUAUGAUCAUUUUUGAAUUCAAUUAAAUUUUGAAAUUCUAUUAAUAACUUUCCAAUCCUUUGCAUAAAAGGUAUAGAAAAAUGAGCUCAGGGUACCCAAUAAUGUUUGAAAUUAUAGCAUAACAGAUUGCGAAAGAUGA